AUGUCACAGGGCCCAGGGGACGAUCCGCCAGAACCGCAAACCCACAGGAGGGGCCGCCGCCCCGACCUUUCGGGCACUUUUAGAUUCCCACGACUCUUUGCGGGCGGUGAAAGUCGAAAGAUCCAUAUCGCAUACCUCCCUGGAAAACUCUGCAUCAUCUUCCUACCUCCGCUCUCCUUGAAAUCUAGACGGUUUUGUGUUCCCAAUCCCGUCUCUUCUUCACCUGAUCCCGCACCACCCGGUCGACGACGUCCACCAUGUUCAACUGGGCCAAACAACAGUGAGCAGAGACUGCGCUAUGAUGUUUACCCACCACAGACCCGUACUGACCAAGAGCUCGCCAGGCUGGCCAACGUGGCCGGCACCCAGGAGCCCAUAUAUGGCCCGUCGGCAAUCAAGUCGGUUGCUGAAGAGGCCAAGUCGACUCCGUACACGGAACUCACUCGCGCCGACCUCAAAUGGCAGGCUAUGGACUCGACCUGCGUCGAGACGCAGAGCUUUUACAUCACGACGGAGAGUGGCUACGCUGUGCUUGCACAGGUCAUCUAUAGCAAUGUGGCCGGCAUUCGCACGACAUGCCAGUUCAACUGCAAGGUCUUCUACCUCGACGGCUCCCAGCCCCACCUCUGGUGCUCGACACCGCUUCACCAGCACGAAUUCAGCGAGGACAUGACGUCGUUCUAUGCUACCGACUGCGCAGUGGAGCUCUCCGAGGACGGCUCCUUCUAUACGAUCAAGUCCCUGAACGACGAGAGGGCCAUUGUCAACCUCAAGGUCACCCGCUCAGCUCCCGGCUUCCACGCCGGCAAGACCGGUAAGACCCUCUUCGGAACCGACCUUGAGAACCCGUGGGGAUCCAUGCGCCAUGCCUUCUGGCCGCGAUGCGCUGCCGAGGGCACCGUCACCACCAAGGAGGGCCCUAUCGACCUGAAGGGCAGGGCCUUCUUCGUCCACGCCCUGCAGGGCAUGAAGCCCCACCACGCUGCCGCGAGGUGGAACUUUGUCGACUUCCAGGGCCCGACUUACUCGGCAAUCAUGAUGGAGUACACGACGCCGCCGUCCUACGGCUCCACGGUCGUGUCUGUCGGCGGUCUCGCCAAGGAUGGCCAGCUCAUCACUGCCGGAGUUCUGCACAAGGCCGAGCACACCAAGGCCAAGGAGGACAGCGAGAACGACUGGAAGGAGCCCGAGGAGGUCAAGUACUCGUGGUCUGGGACCACCAGCGACGGGAAAGCGGUGGAGGCUCGCCUGGAGGGGUCGCUGGAGGAGCGGUUGGACCGCGUCGACGUCAUGGCCGAGGUCCCCGGCUUCGUCAAGAAGAUCGUGGCCGGCGCCGCUGGUACUAAGCCGUACAUCUACCAGUACUUCCCUCGCAGCAAGAAGCUCACCCUGAAGCUGACGAUCGGCGACGAGACCGAGAUCUCAGAGGAGGGCGAUCUCUUUGCCGAGGCGACCUUCAUCUCGGAAUAG